UCAUUCAACCACCUCUUUAGCCUGGUAGCCAACAUACAACCGAAAACAAGGUCUUUAGACCAUUUUUCUGUAUAUUGAUCUCGGUAUUUUUUAACACAAAAUACUCACAAUACAAUACUUUAACACAAUACUUUACGUAUCUACUAUUUAACUUAAAGUAAUUUGCUUGUUAAAUGUGUUGAUUAUACUGAGUCUAGCACUAAGCUUAUCGUUAAUGCUAGCUAGCCCGACCAUGAACUCACUGAACGACUAUCCUCCUGUUAAAGAAGAGGCGGUCUGCUGGACGGAGAAAGAAGCUCUGGGGCUGAACAUUGUCCUGAAAGAAGAGAAAGAACAUUUUAGAGUGAAAGAGGAAGAGGAGGCUGUAACAUUGAACAAAGAAGAUGAUGAUCUUUUGGGAGAUGAAGGAAAGGAAGAGGAGACUGAAGAUCUGAUUAACACCAGAGAGAGACCAGACUCCCACUCUGACAGCGGAAAGAGUCCUUCAGGGGGACCAGACCCAGUGACACCCAAACCAGCGAGACAACAUCACUGCUCCCAAUGUGGAAUGAGAUUCUCCCUCUCAGGGGACCUAAAACGGCAUGAGAAAAAACACACAGGAGAAAAGCCUUUCCAAUGUUCCCAGUGUGGAAAGAGUUUUACCUGUUUAGGGAAUCUAAAUCGGCAUGAGAAGAUACACUCAGGAGAAAAGCCUUUCCAAUGUUCCCAGUGUGAAAAGAGUUUUGCCUGGUUAAGGAGCCUGAAGAAGCAUCAGAGGAUACACGCAGGGGAAAAGCCUUUCCAAUACCAAGGGACCAGCCAACCUUUUGAUACAGGAUGCAGUGGAGAGGGACCAGACUCUCACUCUGACAGCGGGAAGAGUCCUUCAGGGGAACCAGACCCAGUGACACCCAAACCAGCGAGACGACACCACUGCUCCUACUGUGGAAAAAGUUUUACCCGAUUACUACACCUGAAAUCACAUGAGAGAAUACAUACAGGAGAAAAGCCCAACCACUGUUCCCAGUGUGAAAAGAGUUUUAGGUGGUUAACGACUUUGAAACUCCAUGAGAGGACACACACACACGAAAAGCUCUACCGCUGCUCCCUGUGUGAAAUGAGUUUUACCAAGUUAGAGGCCCUGAAUGUGCAUGACAGGACACACAUAGGAGGGGAUAAGCCCUACCGCUGCUCCCUGUGUGGACAGAGAUUUAACCGGUUAAGGCAUCUGAAUAAGCAUGAAAUAAUACAUACACAGGAGGAGAAGACAUACCACUGCUCUCAUUGUGGAAAGACAUUUUCCCAGUCAGAGGACCUGAAAACACAUGAGAGAAUAGAGAGGCUGUGUUCCGACUUGUGUUUUUGACCUGAGAAUUUUUUUUUCUUUUUUUUCUGCCAAAUGAAAUCAUUAUUGAAAUAGACCUACUUUUUUGUCUUAGUUUUCAUCUGGAGACUGACAUGACUCUCCUGUGAGGAUCCAACGAUGUCUAACAUACUCUGUUACACAGAAUCAUGGCUCUCUCUCUCUCCAGAUAUACUGUUGCCAUGACUCCUGUGAGGAUCCGAGGAUCAGGUUACAGUGGAUCAGCGUCCAAUAGAGGGAUGGAGGGAUAUGGGGGUUUUAUGACACCUCACCAUCGAUUGUAAAUUGUAGGCAGCAGACUAUUCCUUUUGGGGUCUAAUUUGGGCGACUGGAAUGUCUCUUUGUUACCGAGAGAUUCUUAGACGACCCAAAAAACUUCAACAUCAAACAAUGGACACUGGGACAAUAUAUUCCAACAUCCGAAUGUUGGGAACGAUGAGAGAUGGAAUAUGGAAAAUGUAAUGUCUAUUUUGUGAUGUCAUUAAAAUUGUUAUAAAUAGGUUUUAAUGAAAGCAUUAACUUCAAGAGCUGGCCUCCCGGGUGGCGCAGUGGUUAAGGGCGCUGUACUGCGCCAGCUGUGCCAUCAGAGUCCCUGGGUUCGCGCCCAGGCUCUGUCGUAACCGGCCGCGACCGGGAGGUCCGUGGGGCGACGCA